AUGUCUCGAGAGCGGCCCCCCCGCACCGACAUUCCCCGCAACCUUAGCUUCAUAGCCGCACUAACAGAGCGUGCCUACUACCGCAGCCAGCGGCCCAGCCUCGAGGAGGAGCCGGAGGUGGAGCCAGGCGAGGGCGGGACGCGCCUUGGGUCGCGAUCCCGCGCUCACGCUCCGAGUCGGGGUCGCCGGGCCCUUUCUGCGCCCGCCGGAGGCGGCGGGAUCCGGGCGCCCCGCAGCCCCGACACCCGCAAAAGAGUGCGUUUCGCCGACGCGCUUGGGCUGGAGCUGGCCGCGGUGCGCCGCUUCCGCCCCGGAGAGCUGCCCCGGGUGCCCCGCCACGUGCAAGUCCAGCUGCAGAGGGACGCCCUCCGCCACUUCGCGCCGUGCCAGCCUCGCGCCCGCGGCCUCCAGGAAGCGCGCGCCGCCCUGGAGCCGGCCAGCGAGCCUGGCUUCGCCGCCCGCUUGCAGGCGCAGCGCAUCUGCCUGGAACGCGCCGAGGCGGGCCCGCUGGGCGUGGCCGGGAGCGCGCGCGUGCUGGACCUGGCCUACGAGAAGCGCGUGAGCGUGCGCUGGAGCGCCGACGGCUGGCGGAGCCAACGCGAGGCACCGGCCUUGUACGCCGGCCCGGCCCCGCCCCCGCCGCGCGCAGACCGCUUCGCCUUCCGCCUUCCGGCGCCACCCAUUGGGGGCGCCCUGCUUUUCGCCUUGCGCUACCGCGUGACCGGCCACGAGUUCUGGGACAACAACGGCGGCCGUGACUAUGCUCUACGUGGGCCCGAGCACCCCAGGAGUGGCGGAGCCCCGGAGCCCCAGGGCUGGAUCCACUUUAUCUGAGACGCCUGGGCCGACGGCGGGAAAGCCAAAGGCUCCUUCUUGACAGUCUUCUAGAAGGGAGAAGAGGGAAAAGAAGCAGUUCCUGAUGCAGAUGAACAGCUGCUCCCAGGUCAUAUUUCCAGCAGAGUGAAGAAAGAACCUCCUGGAAGCCACCAAGCAAAGCACUUUUUUAGUCAUCAAUGAAGAGCCCAAGGGAGGAUGAUGGAGGGAGCCUGGGUCAAGGCUCAGUGUAUACUAAUCUCUUGCCUAAUGUGUAUGCACUAUUGUCAUGUUGUAUUAACAAUCAUAAUAGCUCACAUUUACUUAUCCACU